GGUGGGCGAGUGGUCACCUCGAUAGUCAAACCACCAACCACUACAACAUACACCACACUACCGGUACCGUCCUUUGUCCCUUCCACACCAGAAACAAGCGCUAGCUAUAGGUCUAGUCAGCCUGCUUCAGUCAUAAUCUUCGAACCAAGAAACUCAAACAGAGCACACAUCGAUCAUCAUGUUGGGAUUCUUUGAACGGCUCAACCAAAGCGAUACCAGUAAUUUGGACGCUGGCAGCAGUAGGCGCGAUGGCAGCGAUGGGACCUUGAAGCCCGACAGCAGUACCAGAAGUCAGCGACGUUCCUUCGAGGCAGACCGCUCUACCGGCACCUCCAGCAGUCAUGGCCGUCGAUCCUUCGAGGCAGACGGCUCCACUGCCAGUCACCACAGACCUUCCCACGAGGCAGAUUGCUGCAAAUCUCCCAAGAAAGAGUCCAAACCUCGCCGUCGUCGACGUCGACGACAACCACCUCCUACUGUUGCACCCUCCGAGAUGCAACUUCAUCUUGAAGAAAUUGAAGCAUUCUGCAAAGUCAUGAAAGGCAUGGACUUGGAUUCUAGAGCGGAAAUCUUUUGCGAACAGAUUCAAGCCAAGAAAAACCGAAAGCAGCGCAAGAAUAAGGCACCCGCCGCUUGAUACUGUACAGUAGAAUGGAUUGAAUGUUCACACAACCUACCUCUCGCUCCGAGCCCACCUCCGUUAACCUCAUCGCCAUUCCGGAUGUACCUCCCAUCCAUCAGAUUCGGGAUUACUUCUUCUUCACGCCCAAAGGCACUCCCAGAAGCUAAUACUAUAGAAUAAACCAUUGACUACCAGACUUGUGUGCAAAGUUCCGAAUCCCAUGGUAGUCGUCUCUUGCUCUUGAAUCUAGCUACAAAAUGCAAAUAUGAGCAGCUGUUCUAGCCGUCGUGAAAUGGAGG